AUGGAUUCGUUCAUCACUUCCACUGACUUCCCAAGUAACUGGACAGUCAACUCCACCGCGCAGAAUGAAACCGAGAUAUACUGGAACCAGUUUGUUCAGCCGGUUUGGAGGAUAGUGCUCUGGGCAGUGGCUUACAGCACAAUUGUCGUCGUCUCCGUGGUGGGCAAUAUUACGGUGAUAUGGAUCAUUUUGGCGCACAAACGCAUGCGAACUGUGACGAAUUAUUUCCUUGUGAACUUGGCGUUCGCAGAAGCGUCAAUGUCAGCGUUCAACACCGUAAUAAACUUUGUCUAUUCCGUACACAAUGAGUGGUAUUUCGGGCUGUAUUACUGCAGAUUCCACAACUUCUUCCCCAUUGCCGCUGUCUUCGCCUCUAUAUAUUCAAUGACCGCUAUUGCGCUCGACAGAUAUAUGGCCAUCAUUCACCCCCUGCAGCAGAGGAUGUCUGCGACACAGACAAAGGUGGUGAUCGGGGUCAUCUGGAUCCUGGCUCUUCUGCUGGCCUUCCCCCAAUACUACUACUCCGACACUGACCAGCUGCCCGGCAGGGUGGUCUGCUACAUCGACUGGCCCGAGUACACUCUCCUGGACUUCAAAACAAUGUACUUUGUAUGUGUAGCGGUGCUGAUUUACUUCCUCCCUCUCCUGGUGAUGGGCUGUGCUUACCUGGUGGUGGGAUUGACUCUGUGGGCCAGCGAGAUCCCAGGAGACUCAUCGGACCGUUACCAAGAGCAGCUGACAGCCAAACGCAAGGUGGUGAAGAUGAUGAUUGUGGUGGUGUGUACGUUCGCCGUCUGCUGGCUUCCCUAUCAUGUCUAUUUCCUGAUCCACCAAUUCUACCCACACCUGUUCGAGCACACCUUCAUUCAGCAGGUCUAUCUGACUAUCAUGUGGCUGGCAAUGAGCUCCACCAUGUACAACCCCAUUAUCUACUGCUGCCUCAAUGACAGGUUUCGAGCCGGAUUUAAACAAGCUUUCCGCUGCUGUCCCUGCGUCCCUGAAGGGUCCUACGAGGGUCUAGAGCUCAAGUCCACUCGCUACCUUCAAACCCAGACAAGUCUGUACAGGGCCAGCCGCAUGGAAACCAGUGUGUCCUGCGUGAUGCAGCCUAGUGAAGACGGCCAUAAGGUCACAUUCGGGAGCGUCAGAGGGGCUGCUGUGAAGCCAGCAGCUCGCAGCCCGUCCAGAGAGUUCACCUCCAAUGGCUCAUCCUCUCGCAGCAUCUCCAAAACCGUGUCGGAGACCUCCAGCUUCUACUCCAGUAAUAACCUACAGGAAUGA